AAAAAAGUCAUCGAUUUUCAUUGGAUUUUUGGUUUUCAUGUGACGAACUCAGCUCGCUUCCAGUCCCCUCCUGAGCCAGUUUACUUCUGCUUUACUGUCGCUGAUCAUCGGUUGUUCUCUCUCUCUCUCUCUCUCUCUCGUUUUCUUUUCCCUUUCUUGUUUAUCUCCAUCUGUCGUCGUCGUCAUCGUCUCUCUCUCUCUCUCUUCUCUCGGGGCCUCCUUUCCAUUCGUCCACAGAAACCACAGAAAAAACUGUCUCUUUCUUCACCACCUUAAACAAGAAUCAGCCUCUCCUCGUCUUCCCCUUUAAAAUGCAUUUCCUUUGAGCUUUUCACUCUUCACUCAUCCUCUCCCCGAUCGCCAUAGCAACUCUCUCUCUCUCUCUCUACAACUUAAUUUGUUUCAACAUAUUGCACCCAUCUUCUCGUUCAGCUUUCCUGGAGAUUGCCCUCCCCUCGCCAGGCCUUCUUGCUUCAUAAAGAUUCGAGAUUUUCUCAGAGACCCACUUCAGUUUUUAAAGAUUCACUGACGAGAAAGGUCCGUCUAGAAAAGAUACCAUGUUGGAUCUCAAUCUCGAGAUGAUCUCCAGCGACUCGUCCUGCGACAACGACAAGAACCAGAUUGAUGUGCAAGAGCGAGAGGAGGAACCGGCGACCAAGCUUCGCGAGGCCUCCGGCAACUACGAUAUGGAGGAAGAUUCCGGGACCUCCAACUCCACCAUUGUCGCCAGCGCCGAGGAAGCUUCUGGCAACGCCGGUGAGGAGAACUCCUCCAACACCACCUCCUCCUCCUCCAUAUUCUAUAUUAUGAAGGAGAAGGAGAAAGGGAGCAAAGGCGGUUUCAAGGCCGGAGACCCGCCGCCCUCGCCACAGGGGCUGAUCACACGGCAGCUUUUUCCGGUUGCCGGAGCCGGAGAGCACGGCCACCAGGUGGCGGAAUUAGGGUUGGGGUUGCCUGCAAGGCAGCAGUGGCUGAACUUGUCCUUUGGCGAACCCACUGGAGCUCCCACGGAGUUCAGGAUUCUGCAGCCGAAGCAACGGAAGAGCCGCAGGGGUCCCCGGUCCCGGAGCUCCCAGUACCGCGGUGUCACGUUUUACCGGCGAACUGGAAGAUGGGAAUCGCAUAUAUGGGAUUGUGGGAAGCAAGUGUAUUUAGGUGGAUUUGACACUGCAUAUGCUGCUGCUAGAGCUUAUGAUCGGGCGGCAAUCAAGUUUAGGGGAGUCGAUGCAGACAUCAAUUUCAAUAUCAGUGACUAUGAGGAAGACAUGAAACAGUUACAGAUGGUGAAUUUAUCGAAAGAGGAAUUCGUGCAAAUACUUCGCCGCCAGAGCACUGGAAUCUCUAGAGGAAGCUCAAAACAUAGGGGCAUGACCCUGCAAAAAUGUGGUCGAUGGGAUGCCAGAGCGGGGCCGCUACUUGGGAACAAGGCUUCUGACAAUGCGGCAAACAAGUGUAAUGGAAUGGAAGCAGUAAUGAACUUCCAGCCAGGCAGUUACGAAGGAGACACUAAGCCAUAUCCCAGAGCUGGAGGCGGCGGCCACAAUCUUGAUCUGAGCCUCGGAAUGUCUCUGCCAUCAAGUAGUUCCAUGGGAGCUGGAACUCAAAGGGAUAUGCUCUUUCAUUGUGCCGACCACGAGAUGCCAAAUAUCGUGAUGGUUGGUUGCUCUUCAUCUGCUCACAAGGGUGGAGAACUUCCCAAUAUUGGAAUGGCAUCAAGGAGUCCUCCCAUUUGGUCAACCUUGUAUCCUGCACUCGCACCAAAUUAUGAGGGAAAGGCAAUGGAGAAGAGGGCCGAAGCGAUUCCGGCAUUGAGGUUCUCAAGUUACAGAUUGCCAGUGCAUGGCAAUGUCAACAAUGCCAACAAUGGGUCUCAACAAGCCCAGUUGUUCACCUAUGCAGCAUCAUCAGGAUUCUCUUCAUCCACAGCCACUCCUCACCCUCCUCCACAGCUCCCAGUAAGUCUCCAGAAAAAUGGUGUCCACAAUAAUACAGCCAGUCGUGCCUACUUCAGUUACAGAAGCUAAGCGAGGCUUCUGGUUCAUCUUCCUGAGGUCCACAUGACCAAUUUGUCGCCAUGCUCUCUCUUGUGAAGGUUAGGUAAGAAACAGCAAGAGAGGACAUAGCAACCAACCCAAUUGUUUAGAGUGCAUUCUUAAUUUAUAUAGGAUUCGGUUUGUUUAAUUCCUAUAAACCAAGUGCACAAAAAAACCUAUGACCCAUCAUGUAGUAUAAAUGAUAUACGAUUUGCAUAUAUAUAUGUGUAUGCUCUUGAGAACUCACUGGGUGCUUUGUAUAUCCACCAUCUCAGAAAGACCGACUUUUGUCUCUUGGUUCGCAAUAAGAGGUGGUGUUCCUAA